AUGGAUCCUUCAGAGAUAAGAGAGAAAAUCGGUCACUUUCGAAUCCUCGUUGUAGGAAGAGCGAAUGCGGGAAAAACUACAAUUCUACAGAGAGUUUGCAACACACGGGCCAAUCCAGAGAUAUACAACAGCGCUGGAGAAAAGGUGCGUCUCAUGAUGCUGACUUUUUCUCAGCGCGGACUGCACGAUAUCAAAAAUGAAAUGGUGUUUGAAAGCAACCCAGGAUUCAUCUUUCAUGAUUCACGUGGUUUCGAGGCAGGUGGUGAAUCCGAAUUUAACCAGGUAAAGGCAUUCAUCGCGGACCGUUCUAAGGAAACCCAUAAAACCCAAAUGAAAAAUCAACUCCAUGCGAUCUGGUAA